AUGGCGUCCCAAACUCCGGCCGUUGUCAUGGACAACGGAACUGGGUACUCCAAGCUAGGUUUCGCCGGUAACGACUCGCCCUCUUUCGUCUUUCCAACUGCAAUUGCUACAAAGGCUGGUGCCGGAAGUACCGGGGGCGGCUCACGGCCCGCUGUUGCCAACAAACCUUCGUUCUUGUCCUCUGGCGGAGGUGGACAUCUAUCUGCGAAGCGUGGCACGGAAGACCUGGACUUCUUUAUCGGCGACGAAGCUCUCUCGGCUGCCAGUGGUCCUGGAUACGGCAUCAAUUACCCCAUCCGUCAUGGACAAAUCGAGAAUUGGGAUCAUAUGGAGCGAUUCUGGUCGAACUCGAUCUUCAAGUACCUGCGCGUCGAGCCCGAAGAUCACUACUUCCUGCUCACUGAGCCGCCAAUGAACCCACCGGAGAACCGCGAAAGCACCGCCGAAAUCAUGUUCGAGUCGUUCAACUGCGCCGGUCUAUACAUUGCCGUUCAAGCCGUGCUCGCGUUGGCUGCGUCUUGGACCUCUUCUAAAGUCACCGACCGAUCCCUCACCGGAACAGUUAUUGACUCUGGUGAUGGUGUCACCCACGUUAUUCCCGUCGCAGAGGGCUACGUCAUUGGAUCUUCCAUCAAGAGCAUUCCGAUCGCUGGUCGAGACAUUACGUAUUUUGUACAAAGCUUGCUUCGAGACCGAGGCGAGCCUGACAGCAGCCUAAAGACUGCUGAGAGGGUGAAGGAGGAAUACUGUUACGUCUCCCCUGACAUUGUCAAGGAGUUUGCCCGUUACGAUCGGGAACCUGAUCGAUUCCUCAAGCACACCGUGACUUCGCCCAACGGCCGUAGUGUGAGCAUUGACGUGGGAUAUGAGCGAUUCCUUGCGCCCGAGAUUUUCUUCAACCCUGAAAUUUACUCCUCCGACUUCUUGACUCCGCUCCCCAAUGUUGUGGAUGGCGUUAUUCAGUCUUCGCCCAUUGAUGUCCGAAGAGGUCUUUACAAGAACAUUGUGCUUUCUGGAGGUUCGACCCUCUACAAGGACUUUGGCCGUCGUCUGCAACGUGAUAUCCGACACCUGGUUGACGCGCGUAUUCGUGCCUCGGAAGCCCGCAGCGGAGGAGCACGGAGUGGCGGUCUAGACGUCGCCGUCGUGACGCAUAAAAGACAGAGACACGGCCCGUGGUUUGGAGGCAGUCUGCUGGGUCAGACUCCCGAAUUCCGCAGCUACUGCCACACGAAGGCAGAAUACGAUGAAAUCGGCCCCAGCAUUGUCCGGAGGUUCGCCCUCCUCGGUGGCCCUGGCACCUAG